GAGUCGGGCCGAUGGGCGGGAGCGGGGCCGGGUCCCCGGAACGCGUCCCGGGGCUUGCGGGCUGGGCGGGGGCGCGGCGCGAAUUGGGUCUACAUCGGGAAGAGGCCCGGAGAUUGGACCGAGCGGGGGCGGGGACCGCGGCCGCCUGCGCGGUUCCGGGUGCUCCCGCCGCGCGCAGCCCAGGGCGCACUUGACCGGGGUCUGGCUGCGGGGAAGGGCGGGUCUGGGGAGAACCCCAGAGCGCCGCGGCGUCCUCCAGCCCCUCCCUCGCGGCCGCCGGAGCUACAGCCCGAGCCGGAGCCGGCCCCACCUCGCCCGCCGGCUCGCGUGCCCUCAGCCAUGGCUUUCGCCAAUUUCCGCCGCAUCCUGCGCCGGUCUACCUUCGAGAAGAGAAAGUCCCGCGAAUAUGAGCACGUUCGCCGGGACCUGGACCCCAACGAGGUGUGGGAGAUCGUGGGCGAGCUGGGCGAUGGUGCCUUCGGCAAGGUUUACAAGGCCAAGAACAAGGAGACAGGUGCCUUGGCUGCCGCCAAAGUAAUUGAGACCAAGAGUGAGGAGGAGCUGGAGGACUACAUCGUGGAGAUUGAGAUCCUCGCCACCUGUGACCACCCCUACAUCGUGAAGCUCCUGGGAGCCUACUACUAUGACUGGAAGCUGUGGAUCAUGAUCGAGUUCUGUCCUGGGGGAGCUGUGGAUGCCAUCAUGCUGGAGCUGGACAGAGGCCUCACUGAGCCCCAGAUUCAGGUGGUUUGCCGCCAGAUGCUGGAAGCCCUCACCUUCCUGCACGGCAAGAAGGUCAUCCACCGGGAUCUGAAAGCUGGCAACGUGCUGAUGACGCUUGAGGGAGACAUCAGGCUGGCUGACUUUGGUGUGUCUGCCAAGAAUCUGAAGACUCUGCAGAAACGAGAUUCCUUCAUAGGAACGCCUUACUGUUUUUCCUGGGUACCUUUCCCACUGCUCCCACCCACCCCUUCCCCAGGACCCUGUGUUCUGGAUUGUUGCUGCCAUCUCGUGGUAGGAAUCAGAACUGCAGCAGGACUUGGGCAUCGGAGCCGCUUGGAAGGCGUCCUUGUGAUGGCCCCCGAGGUGGUGAUGUGUGAGACCAUGAAGGACACCCCAUAUGACUACAAAGCCGACAUCUGGUCCCUGGGCAUCACUCUGAUUGAGAUGGCCCAGAUCGAGCCCCCGCAUCACGAGCUCAACCCCAUGCGGGUCCUGCUCAAGAUUGCCAAGUCAGACCCUCCCACGCUACUCACGCCUUCUAAGUGGUCUGCGGAGUUCCGAGACUUCCUGAAGACGGCCCUGGAUAAGAACCCGGAGACCCGGCCCAGCGCUGCACAGCUCCUGGAGCAUCCCUUCGUCAGCAGCAUCACCAGCAACAAGGCUCUGCGGGAACUGGUGGCCGAGGCCAAGGCUGAAGUGAUGGAGGAGAUUGAAGACGGCCGGGAUGAGGGGGAAGAGGAGGACUCGGUGGAUGCCACCUCUCCUCUGGGGAACCACACUCGGGAAUCCUCUGAGGUGAGUCAGCUGAGCCUCGAUGCUGACAAGCUUCUCAAAGAAUCAUCUUUCACCCCACUGCCACCUAGCCAGCCUCAGGACAUUGUGAAUGGGCCCAACCAACCCUCUGGGGACACAUCCCUCCAAGCCACCAGCCCCCCAGAUGUGGCCCCUGGAAAUGAGAAUGACCUAGCAGCGCCCGUGCCCCUCCGGAAGUCCCGACCGGUGUCCAUGGAUGCCAGGAUUCAGGUAUCCGAGGAGAAGCAAGCCACUGACCAGGGUGGGGACCUCAGUCCAGCAGCCAGCAGGUCCCAGAAAGCAAGCCAGAGCCGUCCCAACAGCAGCGCCCUGGAGACCUUGGGUGGCGAGAAGCUGGCCAACGGCAGCCUGGAGCUCCCUGCCCAGGCGGCUCUAGGCCCUUCCAAGAGGGACUCAGACUGUGCCAGCGUCUCCACCUCCGAGAGCACGGACUAUGGUGCCUCCCUCUCAGCCGACCUGUCCCUGAACAGAGAGACGGGCUCUCUGUCUAUCAAGAACUCGAGGCUGCACAAUAAGACCCUCAAGAGGACACGCAAGUUUGUGGUGGACGGCGUGGAGGUGAGCAUCACCACCUCCAAGAUCAUCAGUGACGAUGAGAAGAAGGACGAGGAGAUGAGAUUUCUCAGGCGCCAGGAACUCCGAGAACUUCGGCUGCUCCAGAAAGAAGAGCAUCGGAACCAGACCCAGCUGAGCAGCAAGCAUGAGCUGCAGCUGGAGCAGAUGCACAAACGUUUUGAACAAGAAAUCAAUGCCAAGAAGAAGUUCUUUGACACAGAGCUGGAGAACCUGGAGCGUCAGCAAAAGCAACAAGUGGAGAAGAUGGAGCAAGACCAUGCUGUGCGCCGCCGGGAGGAGGCCAAGCGGAUCCGCCUGGAGCAGGAGAGGGACUACGCCAAGUUCCAGGAGCAGCUCAAGCUGAUGAAGAAGGAGGUGAAGAAUGAGGUGGAGAAGCUCCCCAGGCAGCAGCGGAAGGAGAGCAUGAAGCAGAAGAUGGAGGAGCAUGCACAGAAGAAGCAGCUUCUCGACCGGGACUUCCUCGCCAAGCAGAAGGAGGACCUGGAGUUGGCGAUGAAGAAGAUCACGGCCGACAACAGGCGGGAGAUCUGCGGCAAGGAGCGCGAGUGCCUCACUAGGAAGCAGGAGCUCCUUCGAGACCGGGAGGCGGCGCUGUGGGAGAUGGAGGAGCAUCACCUGCAGGAGAGGCACCAGCUGGUGAAGCAGCAGCUCAAAGACCAGUACUUCCUCCAGCGGCACGAGCUGGUGCGCAAGCAUGAGAAGGAGUGCGAGCAGAUGCAGCGCUACAACCAGCGCAUGAUGGAGCAGCUGAAGGUGCGGCAGCAGCAGGAAAAGGCGCGGCUGCCCAAGAUUCAGAGGAGCGAGGGCAAGACACGCAUGGCCAUGUACAAGAAGAGCCUCCACAUCAACGGGGCGGGCAGUGCCGCUGAGCAGCGCGAGAAGAUCAAGCAGUUCUCCCAGCAGGAGGAGAAGAGGCAGAAGUCAGAGCGGCUGCAGCAGCAGCAAAAACAUGAGAGCCAGACGCGGGACAUGGCGGCACAGUGCGAGAGCAACAUGGGCGAGCUGCAGCAGCUGCAGAAUGAAAAGUGUCACCUCCUGGUAGAGCAUGAAACCCAGAAGCUGAAGGCCCUGGACGAAAGCCAUAACCAGAACCUAAAGGAAUGGCGGGACAAGCUUCGGCCACGCAAAAAGGCUCUGGAAGAAGAGCUGAACCAGAAGAAACGAGAGCAGGAGAUGUUCUUCAAAAUGAACGAGGAGGCAGAGUGCCUGAGCCCCACCACCCCAAACAAGGCCACCAAGUUCUUCCCCUACAGCUCUGCGGAUGCUUCGUAACAGCCGCCCAGGGCUGUGGCUGGCAGGCCGGUGGGCCUCGGGGCCCUCCCAUUCUCUGUGAACAAGUAACUCAGGAGCCCCUUCCCUCUUGCUUCCAUGCCGGCUCGAAUCCAGCCCCUUGCCUUGUGCCACCCCAGCUGUGCCUGACAGACCCACCCGGCGUUUCUGACUUCUCGCUGGUCAUGGAGGGCGAGGUUCUAUGAUGUGCUGCCUGAUACUAACGUGCAUUCCAUUUGAGCCCCAGGUUCCUUUGAGCUGUCAACGACUUGGGCUGUUGCGGGGGCCAGGGGCCAGGAGGAAUAGGUGUUCUGUGGCCUCGAGGCCCCUCCUGUUUGCCAAAACACCAGCUUUGCUGUCUGUGGGCACAAAGUGCUACUGCUGAAGUCACCGUGGGCGUGUCCUGUUGUAAUUGCCGGUGGCUUUUCAGCCAUUCCCUGCAGUGUCAGACCAAGAACCAUGCCUUCUAACAGCCAUUCUGGUUCCCAGUGGAGCCUAGUCUGCAGCCAGCUGCUCAGGGGGUGCCCUCCUUCCUCCAGUGCCCCCAGUCUGCUUUCUUCUUGAGACAGCAUCUACAGUGGUGGGAUGGGGAGAGGCUGAACGCUUCACCCUGAUCUCAAGUGUUUCGUGCCAUCUUGUACUUUCCCUUCCUGCACAUACAGGCACGCAUGCACGUGCGCGCACACACACACCCUUGGCCCCCUGGGCCUCUUGUGCCAGGUGGAUUGGAACAUGUUCGCUGCCUGGGCCUGUGCCACUGAACACGUGAGGGGAGCCGUUGGUGUGGGCGUGCUGGGGGUUGGCACCAGAGGCACAGGCUGAACCGCCAGCCUGCACGGGAUCCUAUGUUCAGGGAUAAAUUCCUCGCCGCACAAGACUUUCCCACCCCAGUCAUUCUGUCUCACACUUGCCCACCCCGUCUGCAGGUGAUACGGGAAGGCUGCUUCCCUCUGCUCUGUGUCCCUCCUAGUUCAGAGUCCGGCCUCACACUUCAGGCAGAGGCUGGCAGUCAAUGGAACUUCUGUUCAGGGAGAAAAAGCAUCAGGGAGAAAUGCAGUGCUUCCCGCCCCCAGGAACCUGGCAAAAGCAAAGCUUCUGUAUCUCAGAUGGAAUGCUGGGCCUUUGGAUGACUCAGCUGGCCUCCCACAGAUUCUGAUCCCCACAGGCUGCAGAGCGUAGAUAACCCAAUAAAAGCAAAUGCUCAACCCAGCGUUCGGUUUAUUUACAAAGAAAACCUUUUUUCACCUUUAUGUCUAACUUGAAAAAAAUAUAAAUAAAUGGCUUCCUUAGGAAAAUGCCUGCUUUAAAAAAACAAAGCGGAAAACUGAAGGUGAUUCUGAGGAAUCAAAUGGGUGUACUGAGUCUGGGUACUAUUUUGGUGGUGAUGGGGUGGUUGACACACCCUGGGAGGACUUCCUCUUUCUUCACUCCUAUAGGUAAGGGUUCAGUGCUUUGUCUUUCUGAAGCAGUUCCCUGGAGUUUUCUGGGGACUGGUUGUAAAUGGAUCUUGGGAAAGUAGGGUAACCAUUCAAUAGGAAAAGGGACUUGGGGUUCCAAAGACUUACAUAUGCCGUAAAGAAGCACUGGGGGCCGCGGGAAGGCACUGGUCCUCUUCGGUUAGUGAGAACUCAGCUUGCCUGCUUCACUAUUUGACCCAGAAGGGACAAUUUUCAGGUCUCACACAAAUGAGACAAGUGAAACAAUUAUGCCCUUUGAUUCUCUUUGGUGCACAGGUGCUGGGAAAACGUGAACUAACAGUGUAACUACAGAACACAGACCCAGUUCCACCAGGCGAGGCCAGCAUUGGCGAAUGGUCAGGUGAUGGCCAGUGGCAGGGCUGACUUGUGCUUUAGUUACAAUACUGCCUUUUGUAGCCUGGGGUGUGAGAAUGAGUAUUAGGUGAAAUGCCGGUUUCAUGGUGUAGGUGAAAGUCUUUGAUCAUUUCCUUCUUUGGUUUGUCGUUCACAUUGGAAUCUCAUUCAAGGAGCUGCUGCUUCCUGCUCAGUGCUGCCUUAGCCUUAACACCUCCCCUGUCCUUCCCGGAUGGGGUCUGGUUUGGUCUCCCAGUCUCACAGUUGAGCCAGCGUGCAAUGCCCAGCAUUGAGAAGGCCCAUGCAGUAUUCUUUGUGUUCUGUGCUAAUGUUUUCUCUGGAAGGGACAGACGGAACUGUUUCACAUUUACAGUCAAUUUUUAGCAGAGUAAAUAGAACUAACUUAUAUUUUCCUCUUUAUGAAGAAUAGAAGUUAUUUUUAUGUAGUUUCCAAACUUUAUAUAAAAAACUUUUGUAAAAUGUUCUCUUCAGAGUUAACUGCGAGAAUGUAAAUAUGCUUCUAAUAAAAUAACAAGGUUGG